AUGGAACAGAAAGAUCUCCCUUACAGGUUAGAGGAACUUCUCACCAAUUUCUAUAGACUGGAAAGGGUAGAGCGCAUUAACUACGUGCAGUAUAUUCCUAGUAAACCUGAAGGACAAUGGAGCAUUCAGGCAGAGCUGGCUCUACGAAAACGCAACUCGAAGGUUUUAGUUUCGCUCUUUUCGCGAGAACUGUGGUGUUUUAGCAUUAAUAGUGACCCAAUUCCAACUCUGGAAUUAGAUCAUCUAGGAAACACCCCCGCACCAGAAAAGACGGGGUAUUUUACGCCAGAUAUUUCGAAACCAAAUUUACCUACUGCAUAUGCUGUUUUUUUAAAAGCCUUAAGGCGCAUGAUGCACAUCAGCCUUUGUUUAGAAUCCGGACAGCAUUUGAUCCCUUUUGGAAACUCCUGCCUAUUUAGAGGUGAGAGUCGUUCCACAAAAGUAGUACACUGUGAGCCCCAGUUGUUUGAAAAUGGUGACCUGUGCGUUUCAUUUUCUUGCAAAAACAUGCGUCUCUGUAAUUUCGAUACAAAGAUGAUCGACGAAUCCUUUCUUCAAAAAAAUGCGAUAUACCUAGCUCCUUCAGGUAUUCGUGCAUACCUCUACUCGCAUGAACUUGAGAAAUGCGUCUCCCCACCGCCCAAAAAUGCAUCCGUCCUGCUCAUUACUCUCUUGGUAUCGCACGGAAUUGACCUCACCAAAAAAAAGGACUUGACCUGGGUCAGAGUUAUUCCCAAUCUUGAUCAUCUCAAUGGUUAUACCCCAUCAGUUUCGUCUUAUCUGGAUCCUCCUCGAGCUACAAAGACUGCAAUAUGGCCGCUAGAACUAUGUUUUUCGCAGUCUUCUGCUCCUCUCUCGAAGUCGCUACGAGAGCUUUCGCUACAACCUGAUUUACAAGAAACGUUCGACCUGAUCGAUGACUUUAUUCAGCUGAAACUGACCUCUGCGUUUAAAACUCCAGGCAGCACCACAGGGGCGCUAGGUUCGGGAACCGUGACGGGAAUGAAUGCGCUGAGCACUGGCGGAAUUUAUGGAGAUCAUUAUACAGCACAACCUAAGAACUUCCAAGCUGGUAGCUUAUACAACCUGAAUGUUUUUGGUAACCAUAAUUCAAGACGAUCACCAGGUGGUCCGUCAGCCAAUGUAACACCGGUGCACAACAGAUCGGCUCCACAAUCGGCUGAGAAUGUGACACCAGGAUUUUUAACAACACCUAAUGUGAACGAAAAUGUUGAUGGUACAGGUGAAGAGAUUCUCAUCUCUGGUACCUCUUACAAACGAGGAGAAAACAUUUGGACAGAACAGAAUAGGGUUUCAGAAAACGAAUCAGAAAGUCUCAGUACAAACCAUGCGGCAGCUUCUGAAUCUUCUGUAGACCAAGAUAAUGCAGAACUAGAUGCAGAACUUUUUGGGGAUGAUAAAGAUGACGAGCAGUUGAGUUCAGAUGAGGUGAACUUUCCUCAACAGACGAAGGAGAUAACGGAUGAUAUGUUUGACAUGAUCGACGAUAGCGAUACUUCCCGCGAGAAGACAAUGCAGCUUAAAGAGCCUUCUCCCUUUAGCACGGACGAAUCACCUUUCAAACGUAAAUAUCUGGACAUUCCGCUUGACGAGAUGACGUUACCCACAACCCCCUUAUAUAUGGACCCUGGAGCUCCUUUGCCAAUUGAAACACCUAAAGAGAGAAAGAAGAGUGUGUUUGCACCCUUGAAUUUUAACCCAAUAAUCGAGUCGAAUGUUGAUAACAAAUAUAAGAAUGGUGGUAAGUUUUCAUUAGACGCCGGAAAGAAUGAGGAUUCUUUGAAAUUUGACAUUUCAUCUGCCAAGAUGUCGAGCUCAGAGGAAGAGGAUUUGGCAAGUAGUGAUGAAGACCUCGACGACUUUGCUGUUAACAGUAAUGUAGGUCCAGCACUAGAAUCAAACACUCAACCAACAACGUUUGCCAUCGAGAAUCAGCCACCUAUAUCUUCGAAUGAUAUACAACGAAUCGCUUUCCAGGACCCUUCACCUCUCCAGAGUUUUGAAAAUGAGAGCGGAGACGAGAAAGGUUUGCGAGAGGUGCACUCUGAAUUUUGGAGGUAUCCAAAAGGCGCUUCGUAUGAUUUUAGUCCCUCAAAAGCGUAUUCUUCUCAUUCCAAUAGCGUCAAACCAGUUCAGUUCAAUGCUGAGAGUAAUGGGCCUGAUGAACUUUCAAUAAUCAAGAACUUCACACCAUUAUUGGACACCGUUAGUAAAUCCCCACUUGCUAACCAAAUUCUAGAUGACCCAGCGGCCAAGCAGGCAGAAAACAAGGGAAAACUUAAACUUGAUGUAAUAGGCGCAACUGACUCCGUUUCAGCCCCAGAAACAUCUAACAGCCUGCCAUUUUUGCUGCGGCACAUGCCGCUCUUCUCUAUACCUGACAUUUUCUUUCAUAACAACCCUUCACUAUCUGCCACAGAGGGGUUAUCCAGUGUAGUAAAUCUACUUGUGGAACAAAUCAUAUUUGACAGAGGUUUAUUGGGUGACCUGGGAAGUGAGUCUGUCACUUACAGCGCUUUUAUGGACUGUGGUGAUGGCAUUAUUAAAAAAUGUAUGCAGGACAGCUUUUCCGAGUUUGAAAGACUAAAUGGCGGGCAAUUGAUUGAGGAGAUCAACUAUAUUCCUCAACCUGCAGUGUACGUUAAAAAAAGUGACGAAAUUAUCAAAGUGAAAGGGGACUCUGAUUAUUUUUCGUCACAACUCCGCUUGAAGCCAUACAAAGGUAUAAAAAAUUUCAGGUGUCUAUUUUUAACGACUGAACUUAAGGAUGAUUGUCUUGAUUUUCUUUCUACAAUGUCCCAGAUUUACCAGAGUCAAGAAUUGGGUUUUUGCGAGCUAGUUAGACUCACGUUUGCGGAUACACCGGGUCUAAUCUAUUUGAUAAAUUUAGAAAAAGACACACUUCUUCUGCUGUCUGCUCAAAUUGUGUCGUACUGCUCCACAAAUACCCAGAAUAUACUGUCCGUACCUCUCGUGCUUUUCUUGCCUAUUUCCAAGAAAAGCCUAGCGGACGUUGUUUUAAUGACAGCGAAGUUUGAGUUCUUAAGAGAAGAAAUUGUUUCCAAAUUACCAAACGUCAGGUUAGUUCUGAAACUUAUUCCGAUAGAUUUUUUAACGGAUCCCAUGACGUCGGUUAAAGAUUACUAUGAUUUUUCCGUUGGUGUCUACAACUCUAUUUCGCCACACAACAUCAAAUACACGGCCAUUGCGGAUGAAUUGCCAAAAAAAGUCGAAUUUAGAACGAACAAAGAACUGAAUGGGCAAACUACCCAUUUCGACGUAUACUUUCACCUGGCCUAUGCGAGGAGCAUAGAUAGAAACUGGGUUUCUGCGGCGUGGUCCAGUUCUUCUGGUAAUGAAAGUGGGGCCAAAACUUGGUAUAUCGGGAACUCAACUACAGCAUUCGAAGAUGUAUGUAAUCAAAUGUGGCAGAUCACCUCAGCGUGCCUUACAAACAAUUACGGUAGAGCAUGCUUGAUUUUAACCAGAUUUGAUAGUGUUUUACCUGACGACGAGCUCAUGCAUUGGAGACGGCUGUCAUCGACGUCCCGAAACAUGCAUUUGGCGGUAGUUUGUGUCGGAGAUAACACCAAGUUGUCUCUGUUCGAUGAAGAUCGCAUGUAUCCCUCCUUUAAGCCGAUUUUUGAGGAUGACAGACUUUCUCAAAAUGUCGAUGUGACGAAUCUUGACAAUUACGAAAUCGUUGAUAUUGGGCGUGAAAUUCAUGGUAUUAUAUUUCAGCGGCCACUACAACUAUCAAAUUCACAGCAUCGAUGUGCUAUUAACACCGGUGCACUAAUAAGGUUCAAAGGAAGCAGUAGCCGCAAUGUGGUCGACAAAUUCGAGGUCAGCCUAUUAAAUUGCCCGCAUACGGACAGCACAAAGUUGCUAAGAAUUAUUCUCCAAGAAUUCAGGAAUCUUUCAACGUUGAAUUCGUGGUUCGGAGUUUCAAAAUCCCGAUCGAGCUUUGUACCUUGGCAUGUCUUGGCCGUGAAAAAAAUGAUAAAUGCUAUAGUACACCUCAAGGUCACAGACGAUACCUAG